GGCUCCUGCAGAAGCCGAGGAUGCGGCGGGUCCCGCGGGCGGGGCUCGCGCUGGUGCUGGAAGUGGGGGUGCGCGCGCUGCUCUUAGGAGCGUUCUUGAUCACUGAAAUUCUGCCUCCGUUCCAGAGGGUCAUACAGCCUGAAGAGAUGUGGCUUUAUAAAAACCCUUAUGUGGAGUCUGACCACGUCCCUGCCAAGCCAAUGUUUUUCAUUUCCUUUUUGUCUCCCUUGGUCUUGAUUCUUCUGGCCAAAUUCUUCAUGAAUUCUGACCAAGAUGAUACGCGGGAAGCAUGUCUAGGGGCCAGCUUGGCUCUUAUGCUGAAUGGCGUCUUCACCAAUGCUGUGAAGCUGGUCGUAGGCAGGCCUCGGCCCGAUUUCUUCUUUCGCUGCUUUCCCGACGGACGGGCAACCGCUCAGCUGUUGUGCACAGGUGACUCACAAGUAGUGACGGAAGGGCGCAAGAGCUUCCCCAGUGGGCAUUCUUCGUUUGCUUUUGCUGGUCUUGCCUUUGGCUCCUUCUACGUGGCGGGGAAGCUCCACUGCUUUGCGCCCGGUGGGCGUGGGCAGUCCUGGCGCCUUUGUGCCUUCUUAGCACCGCUCUUUGUGGCGAUGCUCAUCGCUUUGUCCCGUACCUGUGAUUACAAGCAUCACUGGCAAGAUGUCGUGGUUGGCUCAGCCAUGGGUUCAGUGUUUGCGUACCUGUGCUACAGACAGCACUAUCCUCCUCUGACGGACCCCGACUGCCAUCAGCCCCUGCAACACAAGUCCAGACUCUCUGCUCCCGAGAGGCAAAAGCUAACCCUCUCUGGUUUCAACCUUGAUGUAUAA